GGAGUGGGAGUGGGGGACCACGCAGCUCACCAUUUCCCAGCAUAUCGGCUGGCGUGUCACCUUAUCUCCCUGUGCCGUGUUUGAGGGGGCUAUCUGCCGUAUUUCUCCCGGAGGACUUCCACGGCGUUUCGGUCGGGGCUGUGCUCGUUAAUGGGCGUCUUGGACGGCUGCCUUUCCACAUCCAUGUGUGCGCCUCUGAGUGCUCUGUAAGCAGCAGCAGCAGAAGCAGGAGCAGCAGGAGCAGAGGCAGCAGCACCUUGGACGCGCAGGAGGAGGAGGAGGACUGCUCUCCGCCGCGCUCUGCUCUGCCGUUCCGUUCCAGUGUCGUGUACAUAGUGGGAAUACGCUCGGCUGCUCUGGUUACUAUCAAAACCAAUCGGAGGGGAAGAAGCAGAAGGGCACGAAGUGAAGAAGGCUCCACAGACUCAUUUUGUUUUUUUUUAUUGUUAUUGUUAACGGGACGGGCCUGCUUACGGUGGACAUGUCUUCAGAAUGAAUUGCUCAAACUGAACAGGAGUUGCAACCCACAUUUUCAUCCGAAAGCAGAGCGGAGGCAGCCAUGGAGGUGAAGGAACGUCGACCCUAUCGCUCGCUUACCACCCGGCAGGACACGGAGCGCCGUUACACCAGCUCCUCUGCAGACAGCGAAGAUGGCAAACCCAACUCUAAGUCCUACAGCUCCAGCGAAACACUCAAAGCCUUCGACCAUGACUCCAGGAUGGCGUAUGGGAGCCGCGUCAAGGAAAUGGUUCACCAUGAAGUGGACGAAUUCGGCCGACAAGGGGCAGAUUUUUCCCUGCGAGACCUCGGCUUCGGAGAUGGCCUCCCCUCGCACGUAGCUACGUACAGGAGCGACAUGGGGCUGCCUCACCGCGACUACUCGGUCAGCGUGGGCUCCGACGCGGACACGGAGACGGACGGCAUCGUGUCGCCGGAGCACGCCGUCAGGCUUUGGGGCCGCAGCAACACCAAGUCAGGCCGCAGCUCCUGUCUCUCCAGCAGGGCCAACUCCAACCUAACGCUCACCGACACCGAACACGAGAACACAGAAAACGGUCCUCCGCUGCAUUGUUCAUCCGCCUCCUCCUCCCCUGUUGAGCAGCUCCCAUACCCUCCCCCUUCCAUUGCAGCCAAUGGGAGCCAUGGGAGGUUGCUAGGUAACAGUGCGGCUCAGCCAGCCCAGGACUCUGACUCUGAGGAUGAGUUUGGCCCCAAUUCAUUCUUAGUUAAAACUGGCUCAGGGAACCUGUAUGCUCCUUCCGCUGCAUCUGCUGAUGACGGAGCCUUUCAAAAUCACUCCCGGCUGCGGACGCCUCCGCUACCCUUGUCCCAUUCUCACUCGCCCAAUCAUCAGCACCAUGCAGCCUCUAUUAACUCGUUAAACAGGAGCAACUACACCCCGAGGAGCAACGCCAGUCCUGCGCCCACGGACAGCUCUGCUCCCCCUGAGGGUCCUGCCAGCGGCCAGGACUCCGGCAGCGUGCAGGACAACUGGCUCCUCAACAGCAACAUCCCGUUGGAGACGAGGAGCCAGAAUACUCUAAUGUUUAUCAGAGAAGAGCAGGACGCUUGCAGAGAAGGACAGGGCUCAAACAAAACAAGAAACAUAGCAAAGCAGACAUUCCUUGAGACUUUGCAGGACAACCUGAUUGAGAUGGACAUUCUGGCAUCAGCACGCCACGAUGCCUCGUACAACGACGGGCAUUUCCUGUUCAAACCAGGUGGAACAUCACCAAUGUAUUGCACAACUUCACCGGGGUACCCUCUGACCUCCAGCACGGUGUACUCGCCUCCCCCGCGCCCUUUACCUCGAAACACCUUCUCUCGGCCUGCCUUCAGCUUGAAGAAGCCCUACAAGCACUGCAAUUGGAAAUGUGCUGCUCUCAGUGCCAUCCUCAUCUCAGUGACGCUGCUGCUCCUGUUAGCCUACUUUGUUGCCAUUCACCUUUUGGGGUUAAACUGGCACCUCCAACCAAUGCAGAGACAGAUGUACCAGCUGUCAGAAGACAAUGCAAGUGGCCUACCAUUCCCUACUGACUUGAGUUUACCCCCGCUGGGCAACACAGGGCUGGAGAUAUCAGAUCGCAGGGGGAAAGAUGACAGCAAAUUGGACAGCUUGUUCCCAGAUGACAGCUAUAUAGAUAUGGGGGAGAUUGACGUGGGACGCAAGGUCGCCCAGCAGAUUCCUUCCGGUAUCUUCUGGAGAUCCCAGGUCUUCAUCGAUCAUCCCAUGUACCUAAAGUUUAAUGUGUCACUCAGCAAAGAUGCCUUAGUGGGGAUAUAUGGAAGAAGAGGCCUUCCUCCGUCACACACACAGUUUGACUUUGUGGAGCUGUUGGAUGGGCGGCGGCUCCUGGCCCAGGAUGUUCACAGUCUGGAGGGACCGGCAGCUCUCCAGCGGAGUCUCAUACCAAUCACCACUCAUGACACAGGCUUUAUCCGGUACAUGGACUCGGGCAUCUGGCACCUGGCCGUGUACAACGACGGGAAGGAAACCGAAACUGUUUCUUUCCUCACCACUGCCAUAGAUUCCAUUGACGACUGUCCCAGUAACUGCUUUGGAAAUGGUGACUGUGUUGCUGGAACGUGCCACUGCUUUUUAGGAUUCAAAGGGCCUGACUGCGGGCGAGCUGCCUGUCCGGUGCUGUGCAGUGGGAAUGGUCAAUACCUCAAAGGUCGUUGCAUGUGCCACAGCGGCUGGAAGGGUUCCGAAUGCGACGUUCCCACCAGCCAGUGCAUCGACGUCACGUGCAGCGGCCAUGGGACCUGCAUUGCGGGAACCUGCAUCUGCAACCCCGGCUACAAAGGGGAGAAUUGCGAAGAAGUGGACUGCCUAGAUCCAACGUGCUCGGGCCGAGGCGUUUGUGUCCAGGGAGAGUGCCACUGCUUUGUCGGAUGGGGAGGGCCAGGAUGUGAAAGCCCCAGGGCCUCCUGCAUGGACCAGUGCUCUGGACAUGGAGCUUUUCUGGCAGACACCGGAACCUGCAGCUGUGAUCCCAACUGGACCGGCCAUGAUUGCUCCACAGAGAUUUGUGCAGCCGACUGUGGAGGCCACGGCGUUUGUGUUUCAGGCACCUGUCGCUGUGACGACGGCUGGAUGGGCGCCGGGUGUGACCAGAGGGCGUGUCACCCGCGCUGCAACGAGCACGGCACAUGCAAGGAUGGCAAAUGUGAAUGCAGUCCUGGCUGGAACGGAGAACACUGCACCAUUGCUCACUAUCUGGAUAAGGUAGUGAAAGAGGGUUGUCCAGGUUUGUGCAACGGAAAUGGCAGGUGCACUCUGGGUAACAACGGCUGGUACUGUGUGUGCCAGCUGGGCUGGAGGGGCACUGGCUGUGACACCUCCAUGGAAACCGCCUGCAGUGAUGUCAAGGACAACGAUGGUGAUGGGCUGGUGGACUGCAUGGAUCCAGACUGCUGUCUUCAGGCAACCUGUCACACCACCUCUCUGUGCGUGGGCUCGCCCGACCCGCUGGACAUCAUCCAGGAGACGCAGAUGUCCUCCGCUCAGAACAACCUGCAGACGUUCUACGACCGAGUGCGCUUCCUGGUGGGCAGGGACAGCACGCACGCCAUCCCCGGAGCUAACCCCUUCGACGGCAACCAUGCUUGUGUCAUCCGUGGGCAGGUGGUCACCUCAGAUGGAACCCCGCUGGUUGGCGUUAACGUCAGCUUCAUCAACAAUCCGGCGUUUGGCUACACAAUUACCAGGCAGGAUGGAAGCUUCGACUUGGUGACCAACGGGGGCAUAGCCAUAGCCCUGCACUUUGAGCGCGCUCCAUUCAUCACCCAGGAGCACACUCUCUGGUUGCCAUGGGGACGGUUCUUUGUCAUGGACACCAUUGUCAUGCGGCACGAGGAAAAUGACAUCCCGAGCUGCGACCUCAGCAGCUUCUCCCGGCCCGGCCCCGUGGUGUCCCCGGCGCCGCUCACAGCCUUCGCCGGCUCCUGCUCGGAAAGGGGGACAGUGGUGCCCGAAAUCCAGUCUCUUCAGGAGGAGGUGCCCAUACCCGGGACAGAAAUGAAGCUCAGCUAUCUGAGCAGCAGAACUCCGGGUUAUAAGUCAAUUCUGAGGAUGACCCUCACCCACUCCACAAUUCCUUUCAACUUGAUGAAGGUUCACCUCAUGGUGGCUGUGGAAGGCAGGCUGUUCAGAAAGUGGUUCCCCGCAGCUCCCAACCUCUCCUAUGACUUUGUGUGGGACAAGACGGACGUCUACAGCCAGAAGGUGUACGGCCUCUCUGAAGCCUUUGUUUCAGUGGGUUUUGAGUAUGAGUCAUGCCCAGACCUUAUUCUGUGGGAGAAGAGGACUGCUGUACUACAAGGCUAUGAGACAACCGCCUCCAAACUUGGAGGGUGGACGGUAGACAAGCAUCAUGCUUUAAAUAUCCAGAGUGGUAUUCUUCACAUGGGCAACGGCGAGAACGUCUUCAUCUCCCAGCAGCCGCCCGUAAUCGGCAGCGUAAUGGGAAACGGGCGCAGGCGCAGCAUCUCCUGCCCCAGCUGUAAUGGCCUCGCCGACGGAAACAAACUCCUGGCCCCCGUGGCUCUGGCUUGCGGCUCAGAUGGGAGUCUGUACGUGGGCGACUUCAACUAUGUGCGGAGGAUUUUCACCACAGGGAACGUCACCAGCGUCCUGGAGCUUAGCAACAGCCCGGCUCAGAAGUACUACCUGGCCUCCAGUCCUGUCAACGGCGCGGUGUACCUCUCCGAUACAGGCAGCCGGAAGGUGUUCAGGGUCAAAUCUCUGACUGUUGUGAAUAAUGUUGCUAAAAACCUGGAGCUGGUGGCUGGAACCGGCGAUCAGUGUCUCCCGUAUGACGACGCUCGCUGUGGCGAUGGAGGGAAAGCUGUUGAGGCCACUCUCACCAAUCCCAGAGGCAUUACAGUGGAUAAGUAUGGGGUAAUCUUCUUUGUGGAUGGAGCAAUGAUUCGCAGGAUUGAUCAGAAUGGUAUCAUCUCUACUCUUUUGGGCUACAAUGACUUAACGUCCGCUCGACCUCUCAGCUGCGAUGCUGUUAUGGACAUCUCUCAGGUGCGCCUUGAGUGGCCUACAGACCUGGCCGUGAGCCCCAUGGACAACUCCUUGUAUGUUCUGGACAACAAUGUUGUUCUCCAGGUCUCAGAGAACCACCAAGUCCGUAUUGUUGCAGGCCGUCCCAUGCACUGCCAAGUGCCAGGCAUUGAUCACUUUCUUAUGAGUAAAGUGGCCAUCCAUGCAACUCUGGAGUCAGCAAACGCCCUGGCUGUGUCACACAAUGGGGUUUUGUACAUCGCGGAGUCUGAUGAAAAGAAAAUCAACAGAGUGCGACAGGUGUCCACUAAUGGAGAGAUCUCCCUGGUGGCAGGAGCACCAAGUGGCUGUGACUGCAAGAAUGACGUCAACUGCGAUUGCUACUCUGGAGACGGAGGCUAUGCCAAGGACGCGAAGCUCAACGCACCCUCUUCCCUCGCAGUGUGUCCAGAUGGAGAGCUUUAUAUUGCAGAUCUUGGAAACAUUCGUAUCCGCUAUGUGCGGAAAAACAAACCCUAUCUGAAUCCCCUCAGUAUGUAUGAGGUAUCCUCUCCAAUUAAUGAUGAACUCUAUCUGUUUGAUUCCAACGGCAGCCACAUUUUCACCCAAAGCCUGACAACAGGAGACCACCUCUACAAUCUGACCUACACAGGGACAGGAGACAUAAGCGGUAUCACCGAUAAGAACAAGAACACAGUGACGAUCCGAAGAGACACUACAGGAAUGCCUUUGUGGCUUAUGGUCCCUGAUGGACAGACCUUUUGGUUCACCAUCGGUACUAACAACGCCCUUAAAACUGUUGCUGCACAGGGUCAAGAACUAGCUGUCAUGACCUACCAUGGGAGCUCAGGACUUCUUUCCUCCAAGACAAAUGAAAACGGAUGGACAACUUUCUUUGAGUACGACAGUUACGGGCGACUAACCAACAUCACUUACCCCACCGGCAGAGUAAGCAGCUACCGCACAGAAGCCGACAGCUCGGUCCGCAUCCAGGCGGAGGGCUCCAACCGAGAGGAUAUCACAGUCACCACCAACCUGUCAGCUUCUGGCAACUUCUACACACUUUUGCAAGAACAAGUUCGGAACAGCUACUUUAUUGGUUUGGACGGCUCAUUGCGGCUUGUUCUAGCCAAUGGUAUGGAGGUGUCCCUGUACACUGAGCCCCACCUGCUGGCUGGGACAGUCAACCCCACCGUCAGCAAGAGGAACAUCACCCUGGCCAUAGACAAUGGCCUCAACCUUGUGGAGUGGAGACAGAGAAAGGAGCAGGCUCGUGGCCAAGUCACUGUGUAUGGGCGCAGAUUAAGGGUUCAUAACCGGAAUCUGCUUUCGCUGGACUUUGAUCGGAUCACCAGGACAGAAAAGGUCUACGACGAUCACAGGAAGUUCACCUUACGGAUCCACUACGAUCAUGCCGGCCGGCCCACUCUGUGGGCCCCAAGCAGCCGUCUCAAUGGCGUUAACGUCACUUACUCCCCCGGGGGGCAUGUGGCAGGCAUCCAGAGGGGCACCAUGUCCGUGCGCAUGGAGUACGACGUGAACGGCAGAAUCACGUCCCAGAUAUUUGCUGAUGGUAAAUCCUGGACCUACACUUACCUUGAAAAGUCCAUGGUGCUUCUUCUGUACAGUCAGAGGCAGUAUAUCUUUGAGUUUGACAAAAAUGAUCGACUGUCCUCUGUGACCAUGCCCAACGUAGCCCGGCAUACCCUGGAGACGUCCCGCUCUAUCGGCUACUACAGGAACACCUACCGCCCCCCUGAAGGUAACGCGUCGGUGCUCCAGGACUACAGCGAGGACGGACAGCUGCUGCAGACCACCCACCUGGGCACCGGCCGCAGGGUGAUUUACAAAUACGGGAAGCUCUCCAAGCUGCUGGAGAUCCUCUACGACACCACUCGCAUCGGUUUCUCCUACGACGAGAUGGCGGGAAUGCUGAAGACCGUCAACCUGCAGAGCGAAGGCUUCACGUGCACGAUCCGCUACAGGCAGAUCGGCCCGCUGAUCGACCGGCAGAUCUUCAGAUUCAGUGAGGAGGGCAUGGUCAACGCCAGGUUCGACUAUGUCUACGACAACAGCUUCCGCGUGACCAGCAUGCAGGCAGUCAUUAACGAAACGCCGCUACCCAUCGACCUGUACCGCUAUGACGACGUGUCGGGCAAAACAGAACAGUUCGGCAAGUUUGGAGUCAUCUAUUACGACAUAAAUCAAAUUAUAACCACUGCGGUGAUGACCCACACCAAACACUUCGACGCCUACGGUCGAGUGAAGGAGGUCCAGUACGAGAUAUUCCGUUCACUCAUGUACUGGAUGAUGGUGCAGUACGACAACAUGGGGCGUGUGGUGGCCAAGGAGCUCAAAGUUGGACCCUACGCCAACACCACACGCUACACCUACGAGUACGACGCCGACGGUCAGCUCCAGGUGGUCUCCAUCAACGACAAGCCGUUGUGGAGGUACAGCUACGACCUGAACGGCAACCUGCACCUCCUCAGUCCCGGGAACAGCGCGCGCCUCACCCCGCUGCGCUACGACAUCAGAGACCGCAUCACCCGCCUGGGAGACGUGACGUACAGGAUGGAUGAGGACGGCUUCCUGAGGCAGCGAGGGAACGACUACUUUGAGUACAACUCAGCGGGCCUGCUGACGAAGGUGUACAACAAAGCUAGCGGCUGGAGCAUCAAGUAUCGCUACGAUGGCCUGGGCCGGAGGGUUUCCAGCAGGAGCAGCACGGGCCACCAUCUGCAGUUCUUCUACGCGGACUUGUCGAGCCCCACCCGGGUCACCCACAUGUACAACCACUCCAGCUCCGAGAUCGCCUCGCUGUACUACGACCUGCAGGGACACCUCUUCGCCAUGGAGCUGAGCAGCGGGGACGAGUUUUACGUGGCGUGUGACAACAUCGGCACGCCUCUCGCUGUGUUCAGCGGCUCAGGCCUCAUGAUCAAGCAAAUCCUCCACACGGCAUUCGGAGAAGUCUACCUGGACACCAAUCCCAGCUUCCAGCUUAUAAUCGGCUACCAAGGAGGACUGUACGAGCCCCUCAGUAAACUGGUCCACAUGGGCAGAAGGGACUACGAUGUCCUCGCCGGCCGCUGGACCACACCAGACCGCGAGAUCUGGGGUCGUCUGAACAACAAUCACAUCGUACCAUUCAACCUGUACAUGUUUAAGAACAACAAUCCACUCAGCAAUAACGAGGAGACAAAGUGCUACAUGACAGAUGUGAACAGCUGGCUGGUGACCUUUGGCUUCCAGCUGUAUAAUGUUAUCCCCGGCUAUCGCAAACCGAACACAGAGAGCAUGGAGCCCUCCUACGAGUUGGUCCGCACCCAGAUCAAGACGCAGGAGUGGGACAGCACCAAGUCUUUGCUGGGCGUUCAGUGUGAAGUUCAGAGGCAGCUCAAAGCUUUCGUCAAGCUGGAACGCUUCGGUCAGAUCUACAAAGCCAAGAGUGCCGGGUGUCCUCAGACCGAGGGAAAUAAGAUCUUCGCCUCCGGCGGCUCUAUCUUCGGGAAGGGGGUGAAGUUCGCCAUCCGGGAUGGCCGCAUCAGCACCGACAUCAUCAGCCUGGCCAACGAGGAUGGGCGCCGCAUGGCCGCCGUUCUGAACGACGCGUUCUAUCUCCAAAACCUUCACUUCACCAUCGCGGGAAUGGACACCCAUCACUUUGUCAAACUGGGCUCGGUGGAAGGAGACCUGGCCCUCAUCGGCAUGACAGUGGGCCGACGCACGUUGGAAAACGGCGUCAACGUCACCGUGUCUCAGGUCAACACUGUGCUGAAUGGCAGGACUAGGCGCAUCACUGACAUCCAGCUGCAGUACGGAGCACUUCUUCUGAAUACGCGGUACGGCAGCAGCGUGGACGAAGAGAAAGCCCGCGUGUUGGAGCUGGCCCGGCAGAGGGCCGUCGGCCAGGCCUGGGCCCGGGAGCGCCAGAGACUUAGGGACGGGGAGGAAGGCUCAAGAACCUGGACUGAGGGAGAGAAGCAGCAGCUUCUGGGCUCAGGGAAGGUGCAAGGCUACGAUGGAUACUAUGUAGUUUCGGUUGACCAGUACCCGGAGCUGGCAGACAGUGUCAACAACAUUCACUUCAUGAGACAGAGUGAAAUGGGCCGAAGGUGACAUGAACACGAGCUUUUCGAGUGACGGACUCAGCUGUAGGAAACGGGACUUCUUGCCAAAGACAGUUGUGUACAUGACCACGUAUUUUUUUUUUUCCUUGACUGUGCCCGACUUGGUUUUUAAAAUGCUGUAAACAAGACAACGGUUGCAAACAGUUGCACUGUACUGACAGAAGAGUGCCCUUCCCCUUCUGAGGAUUCUUUACCAGUCUUUGCCCUUCAAGUGCGGCUGCUAGAGGAUGGAAAUAUGUGAUGUCUUAUGGCUUAUUUUCGUGACUCCCAUUUUCUCAUCCGUGUUGGUGAUUCUGUUCGAGGGACUCCGAGAGGAGUUUUGGUGAUGCAUUGCGUCUCACCGGCUCUCUCUGUCUCUGCUGCCAGACUUUUGCAGAUUGUAAUUCACAAGCCUGCUCCAUUCUGCCUUUUUCUGCGCCACAGCCAAGGAGAUUCCAUCUCUUUUAAUCACUCCUUUUUUUAUACUUGAAACCCUCAUAGACCCUGUCGUCCAUAAAUAAUGAAAGAGCGAUUUCUGUUGGCCGUAACACCCUUCAUCAAAACCACAGCUGAACAUGUCAAAGCACCUCCAUUUGUGUGAUGUCUUGGAGUUUUAUGAGAGGAGGCUUUUGUGCUCAUUUGUGGUCUUACGUCCGAAGGUUCAUGUGCUCCCCGAAAUGUGCACUUCGGCCUUUUUUAUCAAGUACAAAAUCUGUGAAAAAAAAUUACUUUCUGAAAGUGUCUCGCAGAAGGACUCAUAUCCAUUGGGAUUUUACGUUUUCCCCAGUUACAGUUAUAAACAUCAGCAUUUGAAUUGGGGUUUUAUAUAAUAGACCGACAAAAAGUAGUGUUUUAAAUCUAAAAAGUUUAAUCUGUGUUUCUGUUCAGCGCUCUUUACACUGAAGCCCCGUGAAUGGAUAAAAUGCAGCUAAUUGCCUUCAGAAUUCACCUAAUUUAACAACAACCAUAAAAACUUGGGAAACCAUUUAUCCUUCUCUUUCUACUUCUACCGCACAUUUUUGUAUUCAGACCCCUUUUUCUUUAAUAAAAGUCCCCUUGCCGGUCCGCAAUUGUAUUUCAAUAUAAAUCCAGCUGUUACCUGAAGAUUUCUGAGGUUUGUCAGACAUUAUUGAUCGAAACCGCACGAAAUCCUGUAGAAAACAUGAACUUUUUGUGUGUAACAGGAGAGAAAUGUGGAAAAGCUCAACGGAUAUGAACCUGCCGCAAGGCUCUCUAGUCCUAAAUUGUAUGAUGUUGCAAUCUCAGUAAAUUAGAACGUCAUUAGGGAGUGAGUUAUUUCGGUAAAUCAGUUCAAAACAGUGAGGCUCCUAUAUUUUACAGAUUUAUUACGCAGUGAAAUAUUUUAUGUUUUUUUAUAUAUUAUGAACACAUUAUUUCCUUCACAAAUCAUGGGUAAAAGAAAGUUAGUGACAACCUUCUCAAACCAUUGCUGUUGAACAGUUAUUGUUGCUGGUUGUCCAUACAGCGCUUUCUCCAAGUACAAGAAAGCUUAUUGGGAAAAAAUGCAGGGUAGUGAAGGUAUUUCCUACUUUUGCACCUUCUCUUAUGAGCCGAUGUGGCAAGUGAAUUUCUCUAAUGUGAGAUAAAUAAAGCCUAUCUUAUCUUAUCUUAAAAAUUACAGGGGUUUUAAGUCAAAUCCAGAGUUUAGGAAAAUUCACAAUGCAUUGACUGUGGCUUUGGCCAUUAUGCAGAGAAACUCCUCUGAAGGCUGUGGUUAUCCCUGUUGCCUUGUGCACCUUUUGUACCACAGUUUUUCCUUCCACUCAACUUUCUAUUACACAGGUAUCCAUGAACAGCCAGCUUUUUUAGCAAUGGCUUUUUGUGGCAGAAUUGGGGGUUUUCGCUAACCACGAGCGAUAACCAUCAAAAUAAUCAAAAAUAAACACAGGACAUAUAUCACAUAUGUGUGUGUAAUUAACUUUUCUAUGAUAUUCUAAUUUACUGAGUUUCUGCUGCAAUAAAUCAAAUGAAAGGAUAUAUUUGAUUUAUAUUUGCCUUUUAUUUCAUUUUUACCCGCAUUUUGGUAAUUCAAACUAUAGGAUAGAUUUUUUUAUUAUUUUUUUAGUCCGUGGUCAGACAACUCAAUCAUAAAACGACAUUAAGAGCCAACCCUGUAAGAAAAUACUGUGGAAUCAUUGUGUGUAUUAAUGAACAGAAAGGUAUUUUAUCGGACUGGUUUUGAAUUAUAUUUUCAUUUUUGUUUUAUAAAUAGCUAUAUGAAUUGACAGUAUAACAAAUGUGAAUUUAAAAACAAUGUGAAUUAGUGUCCCUUUUAUUGUUGAUUGUUGUACUCGAACAAUACUUGGGGUGUAUGAACACAUGGAAUAAAACAAUGAGGAUGGUUUAGUUAAAUCCCCUUACUGUGUAUUUCAUUAGACUCACUGUUGUUGUUUUUUUUUUCUUUUUUUGUGGAUCUUGAUUCCUUUUGGGAAGCACCGAGGUGUUAAAGUCAGUAUUCCACAACACGGUGUCCAAUCAAAUUAAGCUUUGGACAAAAAUGUUUUUUAAAAGUGCGCAGCUAGAGAGAAGGUCAAAGAAAGCAGUUAAUUCAGUCAUACAUGCUCCAUUAGCAUAUUGGCUGCAGAGAUAAAUGGGCUUUGGGUUGCACCGUGGGUCUGAUGAAAGAUACAAAUUGCCUUUGCCCUAAGGGCUGCCCGCAGGUCAGCAUAGAAAGUGCUUUUCUCCAGAAUAGGGCUCCUCUUAGUUGGAGGAAAUGCAUUUGACCUGCAGGUGUUCUGGUUCCCGUUUACAGACUAAAGGUUGUCUAUACACACCCAACUUUUGCAAAGUACCCACAUGGACACUUUCUGGUCCCUCAUGCAUCUGUGACCCCCCCUCCAACAAACACACACACACACACAUACACACACACCUUCUCUGUUCACGACCCUCCUCCUGGUGGAUACUGCAAAGGACAGUUCACUUGUGCUCAUUUAAAAAUGUCAUGAUGUGAAAACUCAUAAGGAGACUAUUUUGAAAGUUGUGACAUCGCUUUGACAUCUGGUACCUUUUUUGAACUAUGCCGAGCCACUUCACACUCUUGGCUGUCAUUAUCCCAUCACCCAUAUAGACUUGUCUGUGCGUCUAUUGUUGGUGAGAGCAUGAUUGAGUGUCUCAAUCUGUACAAACGAUAAAGCAAACUGGACAAGACUCUUAUUUUUAUUUUUAUUUUUUUUGCUGUUUUCUGAUGAUGUUGGUUGACUCAGUGGCAUUUUUUUCCCUGAAAAAAACAAUAUGUAUGUUCAGCAUAAUAUGAAUGAAGGAUAUUUGCAUUGUGGAAUAUUGCACUGAUAAUUGUUGCGUCAUAAGACUGUAUCUUUUUCUAAAAGUUUUUGGACUCAUUUUGAGUUUCGGUUUGUUCUCAACACUGUGUUUUUAGCGCUUCUUCUGACUGUGUAAAUAUGAGGACAUCCAAGUAAGCUGUAAAUAAAAUGCAAAUGUAGAUACCUCUUAGAGCUACAUUGGUGACCCUGUGUAGUCUUAAGGUAGGAAAAAAAAAAUAAAGGGAAUAUUUUGUGUUUA